AUGUCAAAAACUGCUGUUGAGACUUCAUCAAUACUCCUAAGAAAUGUUAACGGCCCGUCCUCCUCGGUAACAUCAACAACCCGCUUUGAUGAAGAAAGACCAUACGAUGAAGAAAGGUCCAGGUCGAGGGAAAGAGAAAGGAACAACUAUGGAGGACAAGAUGCAGCAAGCGUUACGGAGCUGACAUUCCCGGAGGGUGGCUUGAAAGCUUGGCUGGUUGUGUUUGGCUCGUUCUGUGCGAUGCUGUCUGUGUUCGGCCUUAUCAACUCAGCUGCUGUCUUUGAGUCAUACUUCUCUGAGAACCAACUUGCAGACCACUCGCCCUCACAGAUUGGCUGGAUAUUCAGUCUUUAUCUCUUCAUCGUCUUUUUUGUAGGCAUUCAGGUUGGGCCUUUGUUUGAUAACUACGGCCCUCGCGGACUUGUGGUUGCCGGAGGUCUUUGUAUCUCUGCAAGUCUGCUGCUUUUGAGCUUAUGCAAAGAAUAUUACCAGAUCCUGCUUGCUUAUUCCAUAUUGGGGGGCUUGGGAGGCGCCUUGCUCAACUCUCCAUCCUACGGAGCUAUCGCCCACUUUUUUGACAACCGACGCGGCUUUGCAACCGGAAUAGCCGCCACUGCUGGCUCAAUCGGCGGAAUAGUGUACCCAAUACUUCUGCAAAACCUCUUCCCAAAACUAGGCUUUGCUCCUACAGCUAGGAUUCUCGGCUUCAUCCUUCUCGGUCUCACAAUUCCAGCGACUCUAUUCAUCCGAUCCCGUCUGCCGAAAAAGGAGGGUCCCGCAUCCAUUUGGCCUGACUUCACAGUCUUCCGAAAUCUCAAGUUUACUUUGUCGGCGAUUGGCAUCUUCUUUAUGGAAUGGGGUCUUUUCGUGCCCAUCACAUACAUCAUCUCUUAUGCCUCUAGCAUGCAACAAAGCACGGUCCACUCAUACACCAUUCUGUCAAUUCUCAACGCUGGGUCUGCUGUCGGACGUUUCCUGCCAGGACUUGCUGCUGAUAGGUAUGGACGCUUCAACAUCAUCCUCAUCACUAUUGCUCUAUGCUUCAUCACAGUAUUUGGUUUAUGGCUUCCCUCAGGGGACUCUCAACCCAUGCUUCUGGCUUUUGUGGCAUUAUUCGGUUUUGCUAGCGGCAGCAACCUGGGCCUCGUGCCUGUAUGUCUUGGUCAGCUCUGCGACGCGCGAGAUUACGGGCGCUUUCUCUCAACGGCUAUGAUGAUGGCCAGCUUCGGUACACUCAGCAGUCUGCCCAUUGGGGGAGCGAUUUUGGAGUCGUCAAAAGGAGCCAAGAAUUGGAAUGGCCUCAUCAUAUUCUCCGGCGCCUCUUAUAUACUAGCCUUUAUCUGCUAUGCUUCUGUGAGAGUAUUGGCAGUGGGUUGGAAACUGAGGGCAAAGUUCUGA